AUGGACAAUGAUGUGGGAUCGAAGGAAAAUGAUUUUGGGUUGGUUGAGACUCCUAACGAAGAUGGAAGAAACCGUAAGUGUGAUAUAGUAGUGCCAAAAGUUGGAAUGGAAUUCGAUGAGGUAGAAGAAGUAUAUGAAUUCUAUAGAAAAUAUGCAGCUGCAACAGGAUUUGGAUGUAAGACACGCUCGUCAAAGAAAGAUGAGGGGAUAUUAAGGCAUGUAACAUAUACUUGUGUUAGAAAUGGAAAGCAUAAAACAACAUCAACUACUCCAUUCGAGCUUGAUCCUACCGGAAAAUGUGAAUGCAAGGCUAAGUUAUCAGCAAUUUUGGGUGUAAAUCUUAAAUGGCGAAUCACUGUUUUUGUUCCCGAGCACACUCACAUGACAAGCCCAAGUAAAACUCGAUUCAUGAGAUGUAACAAGUUGAUUAAGAAAAGUGUCAAAAGAAAAAUCUUGAUUAAUGAUAAGGCAGGACUUGAGAUGUACAAGAAUUUCAAUAUAUGUGCAGCUGAAGCCGGUGGAGUGGAAUACCUUACAUAUGAUGAGAAAUACCUUAGAAACAUGGUUGCAAAAGAGAAGCGUUUGAAACUUGGCGAAGGAGAUGCUACCGCACUUAUAAAUUACUUUGAGAGAAUGCAAAAUUUGAACGAAGAUUUCUUCUAUAGAAUAGACUUAGGCGACGAUGGUCGCUUGAGGAAUGUUUUUUGGGCAGAUAAAAGGUGCAGAGAAGCAUACAAAGAAUUCGGCGAAGUGGUUACAUUUGACACUACCUACUUGACUAAUAAGUAUGCGAUGCCCUUCGCUCCUUUUGUUGGGGUAAAUCACGAUGGCCAGUCGACUCUAUUUGGAUGCGGAUUGAUUUCUAACGAGGAGAUUGAUACUUUUGUUUGGUUGUUCCAAGCAUGGCUCGAUUGCAUGAAAGGAAGUGCUCCACAAGCUAUACUUACAGACCAAUGUAGUUCAAUGAAGGCUGCUGUUGAGAGGGUAUUUCCGCAUGCUAAACACAGAUGGUGUUUAUGGCAUAUCAUGAAGAAGAUACCUGAGAAGUUAAGUAGUCACAAGAAGUAUCAAAACAUAAAGUGCAGGUUAAAAAGAGCCGUCUAUGAUACAACAUCUCCAACUGAAUUUGAUCAAAGUUGGAGCGAGAUGUUGGAAAAGUAUCCAAAGUUGAGAUCAAGUAGAUGGUUGAAUACAUUGUAUACAGAAAAACAUCAUUGGGUGCCUUGUUAUGUGAAUACAACUUUCUGGGCUGGAAUGUCGACUACGCAACGAAGUGAAAGCAUGAAUGCGUUCUUUGACGGGUAUGUUCAUUCAAGAACCACAUUGUCAGAGUUUGUUGAACAAUAUGACAACGCUUUAAGAAGCAAAGUUGAAAAGGAACUUAAGGCAGAUGCUAGGUCUUUUUCAAAAGUUAUUCCAACCACAACAUCUUAUGAAAUAGAGGAACAAAUGCAAAAUGUGUACACUAUAGAAAAGUUCCAAGAAAUUCAAAAGGAAUUGACGAAGAAGAUAUACUGUGAAAUAAUUGACGUUCAAGAUGAAAUCCAAGAUGGUAUUCAAGUGACAAGAUAUGAUGUACAACAAGAAAUUUGGUAUUACAGACUACCAUUUGUAGAAGAUGAAGACGGAAAUUCAACAGAUGAAGAUGCUACAACAGCUGCAGGUUCAGAUCAAGAAGAUAUUGUUGAAGUAAAUAAUAUACCGACAGUAGAAGAAGGGGAAGAAGACGAACAUAAUCCAAAAGCUAAAAAAGUUAUGAAGCAUGUUGUUUUUAAGGUUUGGUAUGAAAAGGAUGAAUGCAAAGUGAAGUGCAGUUGUUGUAUGUUUGAGUUUCGAGGAUUGCUUUGUACUCAUGCGCUGUAUGUGUUACUCCGUAACAAAGUAACCUCAAUUCCAGAACGUUACAUUUUAAGGAGAUGGAGAAAAGAUGUGAAAUUAGCUCAUUCAAAGGUGUCUUUGAGUUAUGAUAGUUGGCAGCUAACUCCCGAGGAAAAGCGUUAUAAGGAGUUAUGUGAUUACUUUGCAGAGCUUGCCGAUAUAGCAUCUCGAGAUGAUGAUGAAUGCAAUGAUAUAAAAAACUGGAUAGGCGAACAGUUGAAACUUGUAACUGAAAAAGUUCCAAAUACCGCGAAGGAAGUGAUUCAUACAGAAGUGAACAACGUUAUAGAAGUACAAAACCCGCGUGUUGUUCCUACGAAAGGCAGGCCAUGUAAAAACACCUCGAAGCCUAAGGUAUACAGAAAAAAGAAAGCAAACAAAGGAAAAGAAAAUACUGAGGUUUUGCAAGAAGUGCCGACGCAACAAAACAUAAUGAGUACAGUUCAAACCAGAAAUAUCAACCCAAUUCAUGAACAAUAUCAUCAGUAUCAGCUUCAUACAGUUGGACAAUUUCAAAAUACCCAAAAUAUGCAGUUUGGAGUAUCGCAGAGUUACAUAGGUGGAUAUUCGGGUGUGCCUCACAUUUCACCUUACAGGCAGGUUGUUAAUGUUGCACCUCAACAAUUGGAUAACAUAUGUUAUGCACCUACAUACGGCGGAUUUCAACUACAUGAAGGAGCACAAGAAGCUAAUGUCUAUCACCUUGCAUCGUAUCCGGAGCACCGUUAA